AUGUCGCUGUUAGGCGCUGUUAGCAUGCUGACUGUUCCCAAAGUUGAGGAAAUGGACUUACAGAAUCCAAUAUGGAUUGUAAAUGUAAGACCUCUUACCUUAAAGGCAAUGGCCACGGUGGAGAGGCUUUUCUGUUUGUUGGAAGCUCACGGUGCCCGCCCGUCCGUGGAAGGGCUGGAUUGGGCCCGUGAGAACUGGAGUAACUGUCAGAGUGUGGCAGAUCGGAUUGUGGCCCUGCAGAAGGAGGCACGGGCCAAGUCGGGAAAGGGCAAAGCCUUCAUCUGUGCAGUUUUGGGUGCGUGUUUGGCCGCUUCAAUAGAUGAAAAGCAAAGCCAAAACGGACGAGAGAAUAAAAUCGUUUCCUCCUUGCAGGAUCUGGUAGAUUCCCUGCAAGGGCAUAUUGUAACUUUAAAAGACGAAGUGGCAGAUCUUAAGGAUAGAUUAAAAACAGAACAGAAGUGGCAAAAGUGGUUUUUGAAGGAGGAAGAGUUAAAGCAGACAGAGCCUGCCUCCAUAUACCCCCAGGCAGAACUGGCAGCAGCAGAGGAAGCUGCGGCUCACAUGCGUCCUCUCAUUAAAACUGAGAUGCUGUACGAGGAUGAGGAUGGCACCCCUGCCAUCACAACGAAAGAGAUACCCUUUUCUUCCACUGAGCUGGCCAAACUGCGUAAAGAGUUUACACGUUCGGCUGGAGAGUCUGAGGUGGAAUAUGUAUGGCGUGUCUCUAGAACUGGAGGUGAUCAAAUUAGGUUGACAGAGGCUGAAGCUACAGGCUAUUGGGGUGCUAAUGUGUUCCUAACUACGGGCAAUAGGAGUGGUCCCUGGAGCCUUACUCAGCGAGCAGCUUUUUGGGCUGGGGGCUUUGAUUCAAAGGAGAGAGGAGAGCCUCUAGUUCUGAGGGGAGGCAUGAAUCAGAUAAUGGAAAAUGUGCAGAAGGCAGCUUGUUUGCAAAUGGUCUAUGAUAGAGAACUGAAACAUCAUUUUGAAUCGCCCCUUUCUCUCUUGGUGGACCCAAAGCGAAUGACCCCCCUGGUGAGGGGACUUCCUGACUCCCUCAAGAUGAAAGGCAUUCAGCUCCAAAAGGAGAUAGCUGACACCCCACUUACCUCCCGAAUACAAGCUACUCUGAGGGAGAACUUAACACCCGGGAGGAACCAGCCCGAUGGCAGACAAUGGACGUGGGAGGAGGUGGCUAGAGAGCUAUUAGAUUAUGCCAGGCAGUAUGGGGUGCCUGAGGAAGUUCAUAAGCCUGAGACUAGAGGCUUGAGGCAUGUGGAAAUUAAUCACCCACUGCCAAGUGCAGAUCCCCGGAGCCAGAUGCUUCGAAUCCCCAAACGACACUCGACUGGGGGGAGGGAGCACCUGAACACUAGACAGUAUUGGUGGGGGCUUGGCCGAAAGAAAGGUGGAGAAGGAAAGGGUCUGGGAAUCAAAGUAUAUGAUAAUUUGGGAAGAAAGAGAAGGUCCAUCUCCACUCAGUUGGCACAGGGGAGUGGUCAAAAGUGGGGAAAAGAUGACUGGACCCCCCAGCGUAUCAUCGAGUAUUAUGGUCCUGCCACCUGGAACCCCCACGAGUGGAUCAGUGGUGCUCGAGAACCAAUCUAUAACUUAAACCGUAUCAUAAGGCUACAAGCAGUGCUAGAAAUAAUCACCAAUGAGACAGCUCGGGCCCUAGAUCUGUUAGCAGAUCAAUCCACACAAAUGCGAACUGCCAUUAUCCAACACCGAAUGGUUCUUGAUUAUCUGUUAGCAGAAGAAGGAGGGGUUUGUGGAAAAUUAAAUGAUUCCAACUGUUGUCUACAGAUUGAUGACAAUGGGAAAGUA